AACGUUUUUCUUGCAACAAAAAUCUUCAACAACUUAACAAAAUAUACAUUCCCGUCAUUUAGUUAGCGAAUAAAUCAUACUUCAAAAUGGCAACCAAGGUUAUGAUGUUUUUAUGUAUAGUCGUGACUUGUAUGCUUCUAGCGGCACCUAAUGCGGAGGCCGCCAUUAGUUGUGGUCAGGUGACAAGCAAGUUGGCACCAUGCAUUACUUACCUACAGAAGGGUGGUGUCGUGCCUCCAGCAUGUUGCAGUGGUGUUAAAUCACUAAAAGCGGCAGCACAAACAACACCUGAUCGUCAGGCUGUCUGUAAUUGCUUAAAGCGUGCAUCGUCUGGCGUUAAUGCUGGCUAUGCCGCCAGCCUUCCUGGCAAGUGUGGUGUCAGUAUCCCUUACAAGAUCAGCCCAACCACUGAUUGUGCCAAGGUGCAGUAGUUAAGGAUAAGAUAUAUAUAAAUAAGCAUCAGAGAAAGAUGCUUGGGUUUGAAAGUUUAAAAGCAUAUAUAUAUAGAUGAAUUAUAAUAAAAAUUAUAAUAAACAGCAGUGUUUUCUUUUGAAGAAGACAUAUAUGACUGUUUAAUUAUGUCGGUCUCUUUUUAUUGUAAUGUUGUUUUGCUUCAUAUAGUACUGUUGUUGAGUUGUUUCUAUAUAUUAUAACGACUUUUGCCA